AAACCACCGCAUAUGUGCUUGCCAAACACGCGAUGCAUGGCUGGCAGGUUGGCAUCAUGAGGUCAGCGCUAACCAGUAUCCAACUGAUGCACCCAUGCAAAGGAAUUAUUUUGCACACCUUUAAUUCUGAUUUAUGCCAGACAUUGUGAACCGAAAUGGAUACAGACGUGGAUUUAACGGAACUUGAUGACUGGUUGGGAACCCUUGAGGAACUACAACUGGGGUUGGAAAAGGAUAGAGCCUCCUCACAAACCCUGAACACCAGUUUUUCGAGCACUCCAAACGCCAGUCAGCAAACCAACCGACCUUCUUACGUCAAUCGUACAUUCCAAAAUGAUCAGAAAAGUCCACGCAGAGCGAUCCCACCAGUUAGGGAAUCUAGUGUACCAUUGAGCUACUCGACGAGGGAGACCAGUUCUCUCGCAGAGGCACGCUCCCCAGUUCGAAAACUGUCUUUCGCCAAUGACCGCACUGUCUCGGUGCAACUUUCGCAGGCGCGGCUUUCAGGAUCCGGCGAAGUCCCAUUGAAUGGCCGAGCUUGUGUACAUAACGCUUUGUUUGGAAAAGGUUUCAAAGAGGCGACCGCCGAACGGGAUUUAAGUAGUCUGUUGCGGGACCUCGAGGUUGUUGAGGAACGAAUGAAGGAGCUCGAACAAGAGAACAAUGUAUUCACGAGAAGAUACAGUCUGGCCUCUUCUCCAACGACCAGUCAACCAGUGAACUCUAUGUCCAACGGUAACGGCUUUACACGAAAUGAUGUCCAAACCCGAAGGUCAGAUUCAGUAUAUACUCGGGCAGAGAACGGUUUCAUCUCUGCACAGUGGGCGGCCGAGGUAAACCGCGACAUCAAGCCUGAAGUAUCUGUGAUAAAGUCCGUUUCGUCAGACUCAGCUCCUCCGGCGUGUUUGGGUGCUGGAGAUGCUUGUGUUAGCCCACCAACCUCACCUCAACCAAACACCCCUUCCAUGGCCUUACUUCAAGCCACAGAAGCAGGUCUGUGGUGCGUCCAGAAUAGCCCUUCAAGACCGCAGACACAUACAACCACGGUCGGAAAUGGAUCACACGUCAUCGCCUCCACAGAACAGCACACCAACAGACCGUGUCCGACCAGUCCACUACGAAAAACACCAGGUUUAUUCCCGAACGGAGAAGCCCACUACAUGUAUCAGAACUACGAGACUCAAGAGAAAGUUAUUGAAGAAAUGAAAGCCCUGGCCGCUCAACGGGCACUUCGCUCCCCAAUUUACGCAAAUGAUGUUCAGCUGGGAACCGCAACUUCGUCACCCCAGACAUACAUUCCUACCAGCAGACAAACCCCUAUUCCACCUCCUCGCCAGUAUGUGGAAUCGCCACAUAUCGUCAGUCCGAACAGUUGUUCCAGCCCUGUGUCGCAGCAACAAUGCCAACUGGUAAAGAAGCUGGCACGCGAUGGAGACGACGACAGUUCACUUAGUGGAAUCAGCAGUUGGAGUCCUGGUCAGCCACCUGCUACACAAAAGCGAGACCUGAUCAAAGGCACAACGCUUUCACCGCCUAGUAUGACUGAUCGUCUUUCCGGUUCUCUUAGUCCUUCAAGUUCGACGUCUGAUAAAUCGGGUUCCGACCAUGCUGAUGGCAAUUUAGCACUACAUGGAUCCCGUAGAACUCUUGACCAAAACAAUGUCAAAAAGCUGGUCGUUCGCAUUUUCCGUCCUGACAAAACAACCAAAGCAAUCAUGAUUGAGGAACGAAUGAAUGCUGGCGAGGUGGCAAGUUUGCUGAUCGAGAAGAAUUUUCUCAAACCUUCAACCAGCCUAGCUGUUGUGGAGAAGGUGCCGGCCCUCAAAAUUGAACACGUCUUUGAAGAACACGAGAACGUGGCCGAUUGCAUUCUCUCCUGGCCAACCGGAAGUCAGAAUAUGUUAUUUUUCGAGGAACGCAAAGACCACUUUGGGUUUAUAGAGUCACCAAAACUCUGGUUCGGAGAGGAAUUCGCUGAAGUUCACCGGUACAACAGUGCAGAUGCUGUACAGAUGAUGCUUAACAAUAUCGAUCAGGCUGGAUUUCCCGAGUGGCGAGACUACUUGUAUAUUCGAAAGCCGGGUGAAAAAACCUGGUCGCGUCGUCUGUGUGUGCUACGCAGUUCCGGUUUGUACACAUCCAAAAAGAAUAAAAAGACCCUUGCAUCAUUUUCAAUUGUACACAACCACUGGUGGCUGGACACGACUAAGAGCACCUACGCCGCACGGAUUCGCCUUCAAACCCUAUUCAGCACAGGAUCCGGCGUCAACACAUGUUUUCUGUUUUUGUGCAACAGACGAGAAAGCUUUACGUCACUGGGUGUGUCGCCUUCGAAUAGCGAAAUUUGGAAGGCAACUAUUCGUGGACUAUCAAAAUGCCAUGGCUCGAAUACAACGGCAAAUAGCCAUGACAUACGGUGUCCCCACUGGACUUCACGGGAUGAAUGGCUCACUGAGCGCAUGCAUUCAGCGCAAGUCUUCCUUCGAUAUUCUGUCUUCCUCAGCAUCAACAGCUGCCCUGCUGCCCGCCGGCAGUGCUUCAAGCCUCGUCGCUGGAACUGGUUCGCCCUCGAUUCCAAAGCGAAGUUGCCUUGGAAACAAUUAUAAUUUGUAUGACCAAAGGUAUCCAGUCGCACCCAUGACAAAAGAGGCAGGCCAGCCGCAGCAACGAAAUCAAGAGAACAGCAGACCGGUUUCUCCCCUUCUCACCCGAAAUACAUCAUCUUAUUCGGCACCUAGAUCACCAUCUUACCAGAACAAUCCAGCAUUCACCCGCGGAGACCACAGUCCAGUUGCAAGGGUUAAUUUUGUCCUGCCAAAAUCUGGCCCCGGGACUGAGGACACAUCCCAAGACGCAAAGCCCCAUAAAUCGAUGAAUUAUAUUUGAUUUUCUAAAACUGAAAUUCCAGAGUUAUAUUCCAGAUUGUGAGCACAAGUUCUCACUUUCAUUUUUGAAACUUCAAAAUCGCCCUUCUGUACUCAUCUGACAUUUGGUAAUAUGAUCUGUGUAAGUGUUUAGACUAUUGUAAAUAAAUUUCCCGCACUUACCAACUAUUGCCAAAAGUUGCAACCAUAGAUACCAACAGAUCUCACUUUAUGUAACCGGAAACCGCUGAUCGAUAUAAUGCACCUAUCAUGCGCCAACGAACCGGUUCAAGCUUCAGCUAAUUCAUUUAUCCACACAUUUGCCUUUUGGCUGUCGGCGCUUUUGGUAAACACGCUCUGCUUCCGAAUUUUCUAAGCCUUUUUUCAAUUAUCCCAAAACUCUGUGCCCAAUAACUGGGCUGUUAUCCACACAUUGUCCGCUGUCACUUUCUCCACUGAUUUAGACAAUCGACGAACGUUCCAAUACCCUGUUGUGUAUCAGUCAAGCGCAGUUGGCGAGUUUUCAAAUUUGAUAACUCACACGACAAUCGCAUGAUUAUACUUCCCACCAAAAAUUUGGCUUUAUCAUUCGAUUGCAUUGCCUUUUGACCUUUCUGCUUUUGCAACAUAAUACUUCAUGGUUUUUAUUUCCCAGUUCUUUGAGUUAAGCAUUGGUGCGUUGUGAUCGCAGGUAGCUUUUGAAUCGAACUUUGAC